AGUAUCAGUCCAGUCAAACACGCACCGCAGAACCUACCUGGACCUAAAAAUAUUGGCACUAUCAUUUUAUACUGGUGUUUUGGGCCCACGUGUAUAACUUUUCCGAUCUGCCGGGUGGCUUUUAGAUCCAAAACGAUCAGCAGGGCGUGAUCACUACGAAGCAAAGGCAGACCGGUACACCGCACAAUGGCGCAGUAUGACCAACUUGAGGACAAGGAUUCUCUGGACAUCCAUGAUAAUCCACCGGUUCCAGAAAAUGUGGUCAGAGAGGACGAUCACACGGUAUAUUUCGUGUACGAUGAAGAAGUGGAGGAAGAGGAGGCUCCACCUCCACCCACUCCUGAGACCGUGGUCAUGGUGAACGACAGGCCGCAUAAAUUCAAGGACCACUACUGCAAAACGCCCAAGUUCUGCGACGUCUGCGCUCGGAUGAUUGUCCUCAAUAACAAAUUCGCCCUGCGCUGCAAGAACUGCAAGACCAACAUCCAUCAUGCGUGCCAGUCCUACGUGGAGUUCCAGAGAUGCUUCGGCAAAAUACCUCCAGGUUUCAGACGAGCGUACAGCUCCCCGCUGUACGAUCAGGAAAUAAACAACCCCGGGCAGCAGAAUCGUUCUGACCCGGUGUUUGAAACUCUGCGGAGUGGUGUGAUCAUGGCUAAUAAAGAGAGGAAGAAAAGAUCCGAAGAUAAAAAGAACAUGGUGAUGAUGAUGAUGGAAGAGGAAGAAGCUCAGCAGCCCAAAGAGGGUGAAGAAGGAGGAGAAGGAAAGCAGGACGCAGAUAAGAAGGAUACAGACGACAAAAAUAAAAAGCAGCAGCAGACGUUUAGUCAGACUCACUACUACCUGGCUCUGUACCGCUUCAAAGCCAUCGAAAAGGACGACCUGGACUUCCAUCCCGGCGAUCGUAUCACAGUCAUCGACGACUCUAAUGAAGAAUGGUGGCGGGGUAAGAUCGGGGAGAAAACCGGUUACCUGCCCAUGACGUACAUCAUCCGAGUGCGAGCGGGGGAGAGAGUGUACAAGGUGAUGCGCUCCUUCGUGGGGAACCGAGAGAUGGGCCAGAUCACGCUGAAGAAAGACCAGAUCGUGGUGAAGAAAGGAGAAGAAGUGAACGGUUAUCUGAAGGUCAGUACAGGCCGUAAACUGGGAUUCUUCCCUGCUGACCUGCUGCAGGAGAUCUGAACCUCACCGCUGCACCUUCUGUACUGAACUGUAAACGAAGCAGGUCUGGUUACCUGAGAUAGAAUCAUUAAUAAAACUGAGAGAUGAUAAA